CGACUAACCGACUCAAACAAGUCCAACAUACACACUCAUUUUUCAUCACUCAAACUUAUCAACUCUACUUUACUUUCCAAACUCAAACACUUCUCACUCACUCUUUUCUCUUCCCACCAAAACAAGACAAACCUCUCAAAAAUGCGUUUCAUGCUCCUCCUCCUCCUCCUCCUCUUUCUCCACCUAACCUCCCCUCUCUCCGUCGCCGGAAAACCACUCCCGGAAUACCAGGCCCUUCUCUCUCUAAAAACCGCCAUUUCCUCCGACCCACACUCCUCUCUCUCUUCCUGGAACUUCUCCACCAACCCCAACCACUGCACUUGGUCCGGCAUCACCUGUGACUCUCGCCGCCACGUCAUCUCUGUCGAUAUCUCGUCGUUGAAUUUAACCGGCUCUCUCUCUCCCGAUGUCUCUAUGCUCGGGUUUCUCGAGAAUCUCUCUCUCGCUGUUAAUCAGUUGUCUGGCUCAUUACCCGAGACUAUCAACUCACUCUCGUCUCUCCGAUCACUCAAUCUCUCCAACAAUGUUUUCAACGGAACGUUACCGAGUUUUAAUAAUUUAAAGAGCUUGGAAGUGCUUGAUUUGUAUAAUAACAACUUUGACGGGGAGCUUCCGGGGGAUAUUUAUAAUCUCACUAGUCUCCGGCAUCUUCAUCUUGGUGGGAACUUCUUCUCCGGCGGGAUUCCGGCGGAGUACGGCCGUUUUGCGGCGCUUGAGUAUCUUGCUGUCUCGGGGAAUGAGCUGACCGGUGUGAUUCCGCCGGAGCUAGGUAAUAUUUCGUCGCUUCAGCAUCUUUAUUUGGGUUAUUUUAAUAAUUAUUCGGGUAAUUUGCCUCCGGAGAUUGGGAAUUUAUCGAAACUUGUUAGAUUAGAUGCUGCGAAUUGUGGACUGUCGGGUGAGAUUCCUCGUGAGCUUGAGAAGCUUCAGAAUCUAGACACAUUGUUUUUACAAGUUAAUGAGUUUUCAGGCGCUAUUACGGCUGAAUUGGGUAAUUUAAAGAACUUGAGAUCGAUAGAUCUGUCAAAUAAUUUGCUUGUUGGGGAAGUUCCUCCAAGUUUUGCGAAUUUGAAAAACUUGACGCUGUUGAAUCUUUUUCGGAAUCAACUUCAUGGUUACAUUCCUGACUUAAUUGCUGAGUUACCGGAGUUGGAAGUAUUGCAGCUUUGGGAAAAUAAUUUUACUGGAAAUGUGCCUCAAGGAUUAGGGAAAAACUCGAAGCUUAGUCUUGUGGAUAUAUCGUCAAAUAAGUUGACUGGACCACUUCCACCGGGGUUGUGUUCUGGAAAUAAACUCGAAACUCUGAUUACUUUGGAGAACUUUUUGUCGGGACCGAUUCCUGACUCACUUGGUGAAUGCACAUCGUUGAGUCGGAUUCGAAUGGGGGAGAAUAAUUUCAACGGAUCUAUUCCAAAGGGAGUGAUGAGUUUGCCACAACUUACGCAGCUGGAGCUUCAAGAUAAUCUUCUCUCUGGUGAAUUUCCAGAGACCGACUAUGUGUCUGUUAAGCUUGGAGAGGUUAAUUUGUCUAGUAAUCAUCUUACUGGAUCUUUACCGUCUACUAUUGGUAAAUUUGUUGGGGUUCAGAAGCUUCUGCUUGUUGACAACAAUUUUUCAGGUCGAAUUCCUUCGGAAAUCGGGAGGUUGCGGCAGUUGUCUCAGAUUGAUUUGAGCCAGAACACAUUUUCAGGGGAGAUACCUAAGGAAAUCAGUAAAUGCCAGUUGUUGACGUUUGUUGAUCUCAGUCAGAAUCAGCUCACAGGAGACAUUCCAACUGAGAUUACAGAUAUGCGAAUACUGAACUAUUUGAACUUGUCACGCAAUCAUCUAGUAGGUAGUAUUCCAGCACCAAUUGCUACAAUGCAGAGCUUGACAUCAGUUGAUUUUUCUUAUAAUAAUCUUUCUGGGUUGGUUCCUGGCACUGGUCAGUUCAGUUAUUUCAAUUACACUUCGUUCCUUGGCAAUCCUGAGCUAUGUGGACCAUAUUUGGGACCCUGCAAAGAUGCUUCCAAUGGUCAUCAUUCACAUGGACUCUCAGCUUCUAUGAAGCUUUUACUUGUUAUUGGGUUGCUUGUUUGCUCAAUCGCAUUCGCUGUUGCAGCUGUCUUCAAGGCACGCUCACUCAAGAAGACAAGUGGUGCUCGUGCUUGGAAACUUACAGCAUUUCAGCGCUUGGACUUUACAUGUGAUGAUGUACUUGAUUGCUUGAAGGAGGAUAAUAUUAUUGGAAAAGGGGGUGCUGGGAUUGUUUACAAGGGGGUUAUGCCUAAUAAUGUAGAUGUUGCAGUGAAAAGGUUGCCAACAAUGAGUCGUGGGUCUUCUCAUGAUCAUGGUUUCAAUGCUGAGAUCCAAACUCUUGGGAGAAUUAGACACAGGCACAUUGUUAGGUUAUUGGGAUUCUGUUCAAAUCAUGAGACUAAUCUGUUAGUUUAUGAAUUUAUGCCAAAUGGGAGCUUGGGUGAGACGCUUCAUGGCAAGAAAGGGGGUCACUUACUUUGGGGCACCAGGUAUAAGAUUGCUUUGGAUGCUGCAAAAGGCCUUUGCUACCUUCACCAUGAUUGCUCACCCCUAAUUUUACAUCGGGAUGUAAAAUCAAAUAACAUUCUUCUAGAUUCCAACUUUGAAGCUCAUGUCGCUGAUUUUGGCCUUGCUAAAUUUUUGCAAGACUCUGAUACCUCAGAGUGCAUGUCUGCUAUUGCUGGUUCUUAUGGAUAUAUUGCACCAGAAUAUGCAUACACGCUCAAGGUUGAUGAGAAGAGUGAUGUCUACAGCUUCGGUGUAGUUCUCUUGGAACUUGUAAGUGGGAAAAAACCAGUUGGGGAGUUUGGUGACGGAGUUGACAUAGUUCAAUGGGUGAGAAUGCUGACGGAUGGCAACAAGGAAGAAGUGCUAAAAAUCCUAGACUCGAGGCUUUCAACAUUUGCCCUACACGAGGUCAUGCAUGUAUUCUAUGUCGCCCUGCUGUGUGUCCAAGAACAGGCUAUGGAACGCCCAACAAUGCGAGAAGUUGUGCAAAUCCUUACAGAGCUCCCAAGGCCACCCAACUCAAAACCGGGAGAUUCAGUGGACACCGAUACUGCCUCGGAGUCCUCCAGCUCCGCCACCAAAGAACAACAUCAGCAAUCUCCUCGGUCACCAACCGCCGACCUUCUCAGCAUAUGAUAGAAUAAUCUCUUUAAAAUGGGCGGGAAUAGCGGCAUUCUUAAGCUCUGCAUUUUCUUCUGUAUUUAUUUUUAUGUUUAAAAUGGAGAAAAGGAAAGGGAUUCUUACAGUAAACUAGUUGGUGUUAGCCUUUUACCGUAUUUUUUAGGUGUACAGCAAAGUUGUUGCAACAUUUUAUUAUGAAAAUGAAAAAUUGAUCUUUGUGAAAA